CUCUUGUGAACGGAAAGUAAACUGUUGGAGUGACUGUUCUUUUGUCCGCCAUUUGACAUGGAACUUGACUGACUUAAUGAUCUGUACAUGUGUCGGCUUUUGUUUGGGAGUCGACCUGUUUUUGUUUUCUGACCAGAACAGGAAAUGCUCUGAGCAGGGGGGGAAUUAAUCCGAGACAUCUUCAGGGUGUAGCCUAAAUAAAAGGAAGUGGCCUUGAACUGGUCGGAGAAAAGCCAAGGCAGCAAUGUAUGAGAGCGGAUCUGGCUUUGCUGGAUCCAAACCAGCUGUCAACAAUGCCGACGCCCACGGCAGGGACAGGGAGGCUUCAUCCGCACAGAGCAGCGUUGUGGAGCGGCUGUCCAGAUAUGGCAUGCAGGUCAUGCCCGGCGCGUUCACGCGUAGGUCGAGGCUGCAGAGGCUGCAGGAGGUCAGCGAUGUCUGUGCAGCUGGAGCACCGAGCAGGGAGCCUCAGGAGAGGGGGUCGCUCACACCCUCCGUGCGUAAACGAUACCUGAAGGAGUUGCUGUUGAAUAACUCCCUCAGCAGCGCGCUGUCGGCGCAGAGCCACGGUGCCAGUUUCCAGGAGGACACAGACUGGGCUCUGUCCCCCAUGGAGCACGCGUGGAUGCUCUCAGCGGUGGAGGGGAGCUACGACACCAUCCUGGACUUCCUCUCCGAGGACCCCAACGUGUUGACCAGGAGGGAUUUCAUAAGCGGGUACUCGGUGCUGCACUGGUUGUCCAAGCGGGGCCGGGACGAGACCCUGAUCAAGGUGUUUCGCUAUGCGGAGAGUGCGGGCGUCCCGGUGGACGUGAACCUGCGGGGCAGUGGCGGCCUCACGCCGCUGCACGUCGCCAGCAUGCACGGGCACUACAUGGUGGUCAAGCUGCUGGUCGGGGCUUUCGGCGCCGACGUGGAUGCCAGGGACUACAGCGGGAGGAGAGCCUGGCAGUACCUGCGGGGAGACGCCCCGGCGGAGAUGAAGGAGCUGCUGGGAGCCUGGGAUGACCAGCACAGCUGCGCAUGCGCCGCGCAAAGUGCCAACAGGAACGUGAACAACAACUGCGGGGGGUCGGUGGAGCAGACUGGGGAGGAGGGCCACCCCGGUGGGACUGAUGGAGGGAAUAACUUUGAACACAGGAGGAAGAGCACCUGGCCCUACGGGUCUUUCAGGAAGCUUUUAUCAUCCUUCCCAUUUCUUGGAAGUAAGACCUGAGCUUGUCCAAACUGCAAUGGAAAAAAUAAAUCUAAGCGUAUGUA